CUGACAGCGCAACAUUGAAACGUUUACAUUUUUCUGCGCUCCCUUCCGAACACUUUCCGAAAAUGUUUCCCAAAGGGUUGACGUGUAGCGGUUCCGCGGCUUCACUGCUGCUGGUAGGAUUACUUAUUGGCCUCGGUGCUAAUCUGGACCGUGUUAGCGGCGACGUUGGACUGGUGCACCGGCGAUUCGAGUACAAAUACUCGUUCAAACCACCCUACCUAGCACAGAAGGAUGGCACGGUACCAUUCUGGGAGUACGGUGGACAUGCAAUUGCCAGCUCAGAAAACGUGCGCAUUGCACCGUCCUUGCGCAGCCAGAAGGGAGCCAUUUGGACGAAGCAAAAGACGAACUUUGACUGGUGGGAGGUGGAGAUCGUCUUCCGAGUAUCCGGCCGUGGAAGAAUCGGUGCAGACGGUUUGGCCUUCUGGUACACGUCCGAAAAGGGCAGCUAUCUGGGCGAUGUGUUCGGUUCGUCCGACCGGUGGGUCGGUCUCGGUAUCUUCUUCGAUUCGUUCGACAACGAUAACAAACACAACAAUCCAUACAUUUCGGCCGUGCUGAACGAUGGAACGCGACAGUUUGACCAUCAACAGGAUGGGUCAACUCAGCUUCUGUCCGGCUGUUUGCGCGACUUCCGCAACAAACCAUUCCCGACCCGUGCCAAGAUCGAAUACUAUAACAACAUCCUAACGGUCCUGUUCCACAAUGGUAUGACGAACAACGAUCAGAACUACGAAAUGUGCUUCCGGGCGGAGAAUGUAGUCCUGCCGAAGACGGGCUAUUUCGGUCUCUCGGCAGCAACCGGUGGGCUGGCCGAUGAUCACGAUGUGUUCCACUUCCUUACCACCUCGCUGCACAUUCCCGGCCAGUUCAAGGAGGAACCGGCACCGGGCGAAGAUGCGGCUAAGCUAACGCAAGAGUACCAGGACUACCAGAAGAAGCUUGAGCUGCAGAAGGAAGAAUAUCGGAAGGAGCAUCCGGACGAGCAGAAAGAUGAUUUGGACAGUUUGUUCGAGGACUUUAAUGAGCGUGAGUUGCGUCAAAUUUGGGAAGCACAGACGAACACGUUCGAACAGCUGCGUACGCUUAGCUCGAAGCUGGAUGAGGUGAUAGGGCGUCAGGAGCGUACGUUGGGAUUGUUGUCCGUAUCGGCACAGGCUGGAGCGGGUGGUGCACCUCCACCACAGAUCGCUGUCGGGGGUGGGGUGGGUGCUGGUAGCACUAUCAUGCGUCACGAGGUGGAUGCACUGUUGCAGAAUCAGAAUGUGAUGGUACAAACGGUGCGCGAAAUUCGUUCCAUCAUUGGGGAGGUGCAUGCACGAACGGACAGCAUUCUGAGCAAUCAGGCACGGGCACCAACGGCACAGGUGCAGGCCGGUGGGUACGAUGUGCAAAGUUUGAUGAAUGAAAUGCGCGACGGAAUGAACCAGGUCCGGCAAGGUGUGGCGGGAGUGGCUCAAAGGCUACAAACGCAUGGAACAGGACCGCAGGCGCAAGGGUCCGUACAGUGCCCAACGCAAAACUGUCUCAGCUUGACGGCAUUCCUGGUGGUGAUAGUGGUACAGCUGCUGGUGAUGCUAGGGUACAGUAUGUAUAGAGACAGUCGUGAGGCUCAGGCGAAAAAGUUUUAUUAGAUAGCAAAAUAACUUAUAUUGAUCGUUGAUCGCGCGGAGCAGGGUUUGCUUUUCUUUUCGUGCGAAAAAGAUCAGUAAAAAAAA